CCCAGCUGAGGCGGCAGACCGAACCGCCAGGAAAAGCAGCGACGGGUUGCUGAGAAUAAGGGACAGAACCAGAUCUCUCCAAGCUUUAAUCCAGCUUCUGCUUCUUUUUUAAAAAAAAAAAAAAAAUAUAUAUAUAUAUACCUUUUGUCUGUUCGUUACGUUGUUGUUUUCUUUGCUAAAAUGACUGGUGGCCCGCUGACGGGGUUGCUGGUUGCGCUGUGCGUAAGCAGCGCAGUCCACGGCUUGCCAAAGAGCAAAAGACAAAGUGGCCAGUACCAGGUGUAUCCCGAGCUUCACGACUCAGCGGCUGUUACUACCGCCGUGUGUGAGGAAAAUGGUCGCACGUACAGACAGAACGAGCAGUGGGAGAAAGUGUACCUCGACAAAACACUAGUGUGCACCUGCCACCAAGGAGCGAACAUCAAGUGUGAAACUAAGCCCCAAGAGGAAGUCUGUUACGACAAGUACAAUGACCGGACAUACCGGGUAGGUGAAACCUAUGAGAGACCAAAGGACGGGAUGAUGUGGGACUGUACCUGUAUUGGCUCCGGUCGGGCUAAGAUCAGCUGUACCAUCGCAAAUCGGUGCCAUGAAGGUGGGAGGUCUUAUAAAAUCGGGGAUACUUGGCAGAGGCCUCAUGACACUGCCGAUUACAUGCUGGAGUGUGUUUGUCUUGGAAAUGGCAAAGGAGAGUGGACCUGCAAGCCCGUGGCUGAACGUUGCUAUGACACUAGCGCUUCCUCAUCGUACCUGGUUGGGCAGACAUGGGAGAAGCCCUACCAAGGCUGGAUGAUGCUGGACUGUACCUGCAUGGGAGAGGGAAAUGGACGCAUCACUUGCACCUCAAGGAACCGUUGCAAUGACCAGGAAGUCAGGAGGUCCUUCCGUAUCGGAGAAACAUGGAAGAAGACUGAUACAAGUGGAAACACCUUGCAGUGUCAGUGCUUAGGAAACGGCCGUGGACAGUGGAAGUGUGACCGACACACCUCAGGCAGAACCACAGGUGCUGUCGUCUUGACCCCCGCCCGCACCGAGACAGUUCAGCUGCGGCUAUCUCCCGAGGGAACCUGCCGCACAGACUCUGGGUCCUCCUUCCAUGACGGACAGCGCUGGAUCAGAGCCCAGGGCAACAAACAGAUGCUCUGUACCUGUGUGGGUAACGGAAUCAGCUGUCAGGAGUGGGAGGCCAGGACCCAGGUGUACGGUGGUAACUCUGACGGCCAGCCAUGUGCAUUCCCCUUUGUCUUCAUGGGGAAGACCUACUACUCGUGCACAUCGGACGGGCGUACCGACGGACAGCUCUGGUGCGCUACAACCUCAGACUAUGCGAGAGACCAGCAAUACUCCUUCUGUACUGAAAAGAAUGCCAUUGUGGCCACAAGAGGAGGAAACUCCAAUGGCGCCCUCUGCCACUUUCCCUAUCUCUACAGUGGUCGUAACUACACUGACUGCACCGCUGAUGGUCGACGUGAUGGCAUGAGGUGGUGUGGCACCACCUACAACUAUGACUCAGAACAGCAAUUUGGAUUUUGCCCAAUGGCCGCUCACGAAGAAGUAUGCACCACCUCUGACGGAGUGAUGUACCGUGUAGGCGACAAGUGGGACAAACGCCAUGACGUCAUGGGUCACAUGAUGGAGUGCACAUGCCUGGGCAAUGGCCGCGGGGAGUGGAACUGCAUUGCUCACUCGCAGCUGCGAGAUCAGUGUGUUGUCGACGGCUUGACCUAUGACGUAAACCAAGAGUUCUCCAAGCGCCACAAUGAGGGCUACAUGAUGAACUGCACCUGCUACGGACAGGGACGUGGGCGCUGGAAGUGCGACGCCAUCGAUCAGUGUCAGGAGCCACAGAGCAGGGCUUUCUAUCAGAUCGGAGAGACCUGGGACAAAGUCAUCCAUAGCAUCCACUACCGCUGUUAUUGCUACGGCAACGGGAUUGGAGAAAUGAGAUGUGAACCUCAGCAGACCUACCAAGACGGCCACAGACCUGUUCAGGUUAUCAUCACAGAGGCCGGAAAACAGCCAGACUCUCACCCCAUUCAGUGGAACCCGCCUUCAUCUGUGCACAUCACCCAGUACAUCCUCAAAUGGAGAAUUAAAAAUACUCGUGCACCCUGGAGGGAAGUCAGCAUCCCCGGCAACCUGAACUCCUACACCAUCAGCGGGUUGCGUCCAGGCGUCACCUACGAGGGUCAGCUCAUCAGCAUCUUGAGCUUCGGACGCCGCGAGGUCACGCGUUUCGACUUCACCACCAACAGCGGCUCUUUGGAAACAUCGGAGGGAGAGACGACCCCGCCUCCUCCGCUGGUGGACACGUCUGAGUCAGUGACAGAGAUCACCUCGAACAGUUUUGUCGUGUCUUGGACGUCGGCUUCUUCGACCAUCUCGGGCUUCAGGGUGGAGUAUGAGCUCAGUCAGGAGGGAUCCCAGUCUAAAGUCCUAAAUGUCCCUCGCACUGCCACCUCGGUCACCAUCAGCGACCUCCUGCCAGGACGCAGAUACAACGUCAGCGUCUACGAGCUCCCAGAUCAGGGAGAGCCGAACCUCAUCCUGACCACCUCACAGGUCACAGCCCCCGACACGCCUGCUCAGCACACCGUCGACGAGGUGGGAGAGACCUCCAUCCGAAUCAGCUGGACCAGACCUCAGGCUCCCAUUACUGGUUACCGUGUGGUGUACACGCCGUCGGAGGAAGGCAGCAGCACCGAGCUGAACCUGCCAGACUCCCAGACCUCUGUGACCCUGGAUGACCUUCUCCCCGGUCUGCUCUACAACAUCAGCAUCUACGCUGUGGAGGAGGACCAGGAGAGCGUGCCUGUUUUCGUGCAGGUCAACACCGCUGGAUCUUCUCAACAAGAGGUGGUCCAGCCCCCUACAGACCUCCAGUUCUAUGAGGUUUCAGAUGUGAAGAUCACCAUCACCUGGAACGGUCCGCCCACAGACGUGACUGGUUACAGAGUGGUCUUCAGCCCCGUUGACCGGGACGGUACUGACAUCAGACCCCUGCAGCUGUCUCCCUCCCCCAACGCAUACGCCGAGGUCACCCACUUGCAGCCAGGCACACUCUACCGCUUCUACGUCUAUGCCAUCAGCAAUGGAGUCGAGAGUGAGCCGCUUGUUGGAGAAAAGACUACCAAACCUGAUGCACCCACAAACGUGCGUUUCACUGAUGUCGACAAAGACAGUGCACUAGUAAUCUGGGAGGCUCCCCAUGCAAUCGUCACUGGCUUUCGUCUCCUCCUGAGCAUCGAGGGAUCUAGCCCCAUUGAGAAGAGGAUCCCCGGCCGGGUCACCCAGUAUCCCCUGAAGAACUUGCGUCCAGAUACGCAGUACACUGCCACCCUGCACUCCGAGCUGGACAAAGAGCUCAGCGAGGGCGUCACCACAUAUUUUACCACUGCUCCCCAGCUGGGAAAUGCUCCUACUUUCAACACUGAGGUUACUGAUACCUCAAUCAUAGUCACAUGGAUUCCUGUCCGCAAGUUCAGCUACAAGCUGUCUGUGCUCCCCAGCCAGGAAGGCGAGUCUCCCAGAGAACAGACCUCAGCCUCUGGACGCAUUGAUAUUGAUGGUCUCCUUCCUGGAACUGAGUACACCUACAGUGUUCAGCCCAUCUACAAUGGACGCAACCGUGGAAACCCCAUCACACGCAACGUUGUCACUUCCCUUUCUCCUCCCACUGACCUGAGAAUACAGUCCAACCCUAACACAGGAGAUCUCACAGUCCACUGGGUCGCCUCCAGAACACCAGGCAUCACAGGCUACAGAGUGACAAGCACGCCAACCAACGGCCAGAGAGGAAAUUCCCUGGAUGAGCUUGUGGGCCCUGAUCAGACCUCAGGCUUACUAGAGAACCUGAAUCUGGGUGUUGAGUACAACAUCAGCGUGUACGCAACCAAGGGUCAUUUGGAAAGUGUGCCUGCGUCCACGAUUGUCACACCAGGCAUACCGCCACCAAGAAACAUUGACUUUGUCGACAUUACUGACACCACCAUUGGGCUGCGGUGGAUCCCCCAGAACUAUAGGACCAUUACCGCUUACCGGAUAAAUGUGGUAACGUCAGGCGAGAGCUUGCCAAUUUUUCAAGAUAUGGUGGAAGCGACCGCUGGUUAUUACACGAUUCACGGUUUGGAGCCGGGCGUGGACUAUGACAUCAGUAUCGUGACUGUAACAGAGGAGGGGGAGAGCGAGCCGACCACAUACACAAAGCACACACAAGCUGCCAUUCCAGCUCCCACCAAUCUGGAGUUUGGAGGGGUAGGUCCUGACCACAUUAGGGUGACAUGGACAUCCCCCCGUGUUGCCACACCAAACGACAUAUCCCGGUAUGUCAUCCGAUACCACCCUGUAGCCUCAGAUGACGACAUCAAGGAGGUUAAUGUGGGCGGAGCCUCCAACACCUUCCUGCUGCAGAACCUGCUGCCUAACACAGAAUACCACAUCAGUGUCGUUGUUGUGUACGGUGAACGAGAAAGUGCACCGGCCACAGGGACUCAGAGGACAACUCUGGACUCCCCGACCGUCUUGGACUUCUCCGACAUUCGCACCAACUCCUUCACUGUUCACUGGCUGGCCCCGACCGCUGCUAUCACCGGCUACCGAUUCCGUUAUCAGAAAACAAGCGGCGGGCGGGCCAAGGAUGAGAGGCUGCCCCCAACAAGGAACCACUUCACUCUGACUGGACUGACACCUGAGACCGAGUACCUGAUAUCUGUGUAUGCCGUCAACAACAAUCAGGAGAGUCUGCCUCUGACUGGGACUCAAGCCACCAUCUCUGAUGCACCCACUGACCUGGAAGUAACAGCGUCCACUCCAACCAGCAUCACCAUUCGGUGGGAGGCCCCGUUCAUCACAGUGAAGAACUAUAGGAUCACCUACGCAGGAACAAGCGGCGAGAAUCCUCAAGAGUUUACAGUCCCGGGCACUCAGAACACCGCCACCAUCACUGGGCUGGUACCUGGUACUGAUUACACCAUCACCGUCUAUGCUGUUUCUGGACGCGGUGACAGCCCUGCCUCCAGCACCCCCGUCUACGUGACACAUAAAACUGAUACCGAGUCCCCCACUAACAUGAGACUGACCGAUGUGAGCGACAACGCCAUAACUGUGCGCUGGUCUCCUGCUCACGGACCAAUCAGCGGCUACAGAGUCACAACUCUCCCCAAGAAUGGCUUGGGCCCAUCGUACUCCGAGGAUGUGGCUCCAGAUCAGACACAGAUCACCAUCACAGGUCUGAUGCCCACUGUUGAGUAUGUUGUCAGUGUUUAUGCCCUGAGCAGUGAAGGACAACCCUCUUCCCCUGUGACGGACAACGCCAUCACUGCUAUGGACCGUCCCAAGGAACUGAGCUUCUCCGACAUCGACUCCACCUCAAUGCGCAUCACCUGGGACAGCCCAGACGGCACAGUGACGUCAUACCGCGUCCUGUACUCCAGCCCAGGGGAGCCCGAAAGAGACCUGCGUCCAGCACCCAGAGGUGACCAGGACACUGCGGUGCUGAGAGGCCUUAGUCCAGGGACUGAAUACACCGUUAAAGUCAUCGCCUUCCAUGGCCGAACCCCCAGCGCACCAUUAGUGGGAACCCAGUCCACAGUAAUCCCUGCUCCAACGGACCUGGCGGUCUCUGAGGUCGGUCCUUCUGUCUUCACUGUGUCAUGGCGGGGCCCAAGUGCCCGCCUGACAGGCUACCGCGUAGUUGUCACCCCUAAGGACAUCCACGGCCCGCGCAAAGAAAUGAACGUUGCUCCAAGCGCCACGCGUGUGGUUGUACCAGGGCUCAUGGUGGCAACCACAUACCAAAUACAGGUGUACGCUCUGAAGGACUCUGUCACCAGCAGACCACUGGAGGGAGAGGCAACCACUCAGGAAGACGUGAGUCCUCCUCGUCGCGUGCGCAUCUCUGACAUGACAGACACUUCUUUCACGCUGAGCUGGCGCACCAAGGAUGAAGUGCUCACCGGCUCACUGAUUGAAGCCACUCCCAUCGGCGACUCGCACUCCACCAUCAGCAGGACCCUCCCAGCACAAUUAACCACCUACACUCUCACAGGUCUUCAGCCGGCCACCACAUACACCGUUAACCUGUAUUCUUUGAAUGGCAACACAAAGAGCGCUCCAUUUACGCUCAGGCUUCGAACAGAAGCACCAGUGGUCCCGGCUCCCACUGACCUGCAGUUCACCUCUGUGACACCCACAUCCGUCUCCUUCACCUGGCAGCCACCUGCUGCCCAAAUCUCAGGUUACUACGUCACCUAUGAGGAGUCGGGAAGACAGCCCCGCGAGCUCAUCCCUCGACCCCACGGCGGCCAAAACUAUGCCACCAUAUCCGGUCUUAAACCAGCCACAGCGUACAUCAUCAAGAUCAUCGCCAUCCAGAACACACAGAGGAGCACGCCUCUGGAGGGCAGUGUCAGGACUCAACCAGACUCCCUCCUUCCCCUGCCUCUGCCUCAGCCCCACCGCCCUGGAGGUGACAGGCUGGAUGUGCCUGAAACCGACCUGGACAACAGGGUCCAGGUAGUGGGCACCAAUAGCCCGAACGGGUUUGGUGAUCAGAACCAGCAUGUGGAGUACACAGAGUACAACAACAAUGGAGACAGCACAUAUCGCCGGCCGUCUCCCGACGGGCAGUUUCGCGAGCCGCUCAUCUAUGUGCCCCUUCCUGAUGCAGAGGGCCGCAGACGGCCGGUUGUGAAGCUGAACUUGCCCAUCGGAUCUACUUUGGGUAACGAGACGGGGCCGCAAGAGGCCCAAACGCAGACCACCGUUGCCUGGAAGCCCUACAAGCAGAGCAACGCCUAUCUGGUGUCCUGCCAUCCCGUCACAGAGUUGAAUGAGAAGAUGUUCCAGUUCCGGCUGCCAGGCACAGCCACCACUGCCACCCUGAUUGGACUCACUCCUGGAGCGAACUACAAUGUGAUUGUGGAGGCACUGAUGGGCGCGCUCAAGCACAAGAUUCUGGAGCAGGAGGUCACAGCUGGAAACACAGUCCCAGAGGGCUCUUCCUCCGACAAAGACUCAUGCUAUGACGCCUUCACUGCGACCUACCAUGAUGUUGGCACUGAAUGGGAGCGCAUGUCCGAGACGGGCUUCAAGCUGUGGUGCAGGUGCCUGGGCCUGGGCAGCGGCCACUUCAGAUGUGACUCAUCCAAGUGGUGCUAUGACAGCGGCAGCAACUACCGCAUUGGAGACAAGUGGGACCGUCAGGGAGACAACGGCCACCUGAUGAGCUGCACUUGCUUGGGAAAUGGGAAGGGGGAGUUCAAGUGUGAACCACAUGAGUCCACGUGCUAUGAUGACGGUAAAACCUACCAGGUGGGCAACCAGUGGCAGAAGGAGUACCUGGGCGCCAUCUGCACCUGCACAUGCUUUGGAGGGCAACAGGGCUGGCGAUGCGAUAACUGCCGCAGACCGGGUGCAGAGGUCGACGCCAGUCUGCUGCAGCCUGUUCGCUAUGGAGACAACACGCUACGCAAGAACAUUCACUGCCCCAUCGAGUGCCUCCGACCCGACCUGCUGGCAGAUGCACAUGCUCCCCCACAUCCUCAGCAAUAACCGACUGGUCAUCGGACAUGUGCUUCGCUCCCCUCACCGUCCAGAUUGCUGCACUGUCUCACCUUAAAAGAAGCCACGCUGUCUGUGAACGAAUGAACUAACUGCCUUAUCACUUUUCUGACACACGUUUAGAUGUUACACUGCUGCCGGAUCAAUCCUUAUCAUUUUCUUAACUCAGUAUUUUUUCACUGUUGAAGACUGCUACUGCUUUUAAAUUCUCGCUCUUAUUGGAAAACCAAAAAUCCAGAUUUAUAGACUUGUCAGACUGGCAUUAGUUUUUUUUCAUUUAAAUGUUUAGAAACUUUUUUUUUUUUAAUCAAAAAGCAGAAACUGUCAGAACGUAAGAAGCACUGUGUUAAAGAAUGUCAAUGUAUCUGCCGUUAACAAUGUUGUUUCAAUGAUGUUCUCUCGUCUUCUCUGCAGCCCUUAUUUCAUCCCUGAGGGGGCUGCACUGUGUGUGACUGACACAUUCUGGAUUCACCCAUGUCUUUUUACUAAUUUAUCCCUUUAAUCACGACGUGUGAAUGAAUGUGAACUCGUGUGUGCGAAUGAGAGCGGUUCUAUUUUUGUACUUUGUUGUCGGUGCCAAAGUUGUUUCUACCUUUGACUAAAAGAAGACCCUUAUUUUAAUAAAGCUGGAGAGAUCCUGAAACCA